CUCCCAGCAUGCCAGGGAGUGGCUGGGACCGCCUGACGGGUUCCUUUAGGACUGCGCUUUAGGACGGCAGAGGGUUUCACAGUGGACACCAGAGAGGAGCUGGACACUCGGGACGAGGAUUCAUUAAAGAAGGGUUAAGGCUGGAGAUAUGAGAGUAGGGGCUGCAUCCUUGGCCGGGGGGAUCUUCGGGGUUCUGGGAACCCUGUGUUUCCUCGUGGCCUUCGGUACAGAUUACUGGCUGGUAGCCAGUGAGAAUUGUGGAGUGCAUUUUUGGCCCACUCAAGCCACAUUGGACAGAGACAAAGAUGCCAACGGCACAAAGGUCCAGUCAGAAGAAGCGGUAACUGCUUCGCCUCCGUCCCUCUUACUGCACCACGAGGGCUUUUUCUGGCGUUGUGUGUUUCCGAUGCAGCCCGCAACACACACAGUCCUCGCCACUCUUUUCACAAACCAGCCAGAUUCCAAGAUGUGUAUCCACGGUUACCUCUUCCCGCUGCCAGUUGCUCUUGGACAAGUUCCUCACCCAACUUAUGACACUACUGCAGUGUUUCGAGGUUUCUGGACUGUGCUGAUAAUCUUCGGGCUCGUGUCAGCUCUGACUGGAGGCUCCUUCUUGGUCUGUGGCGUUCCCUUCAUGAGCCACAAGCUAUACAAGCUCGGCGGAGUGUUCCUCAUUGCUGCUGCCUGCCUGUUCCUGUUCACGCUGCUUCUCUACGUGCUGUGGAUGGAGGUCGUGGAUGUGCCGCGCUACAUUUUGCAGGAGCUGGGAGAAUCGUGUCCAGAUGCCCGGGUUUCAGUGUUCUACGGUCUGUCAUUUAUGGUGGCGGCAGCUGGCGUGCCCCUGGAGCUGGUUUCAGGGUUGGUCUUCCUGCUGGUGAGCCACGCGCUGCUGCGUGCAAACCAAUGAGCCGCUCGUGUCGUCAGGAGGAGAGGAAAGAACCGUUCUGUCCUUUUUAUACCUGCAGUAUUGAUUUCUCUGACAACAACGCACCUUUUCCACUUGGGUUGGUCCAUCCCAGACACCUCUGAUCCCGGUGUCAACAGCACCAAGCUUGACAUGAGGCUUCCUUUAUGCACAGUAAAAGUUGAAGUGGCGUUUCUGGAUGUAUCUUUAUGUUGUAGUGCUUGACAAAGAUUUACCAAGGUAUUCCCCUUGCCCUUUAAAUCAGCAUUUGAAUACAUCAGCACUUGAUCCGACGCCAUCUGAAGGACUAGAGAUCACAGUAUCCAGUUUAAGAUUGCAACCAUAAUACACUGACAUUCUGCCAGAUUCCUUGAAUCUUUUUCUUUUUGCAAUUGAUCUCAUUCACAGUAUAAUGAGAAAUAUGCUUAAUUCUUAUGAUGUUUAAUUGAGCAACAUUGUUUUCAAGAGUUUUGUUUAUUUUCUCAGUUAUUAGUUGACGAAUUGGAGUUUCUUCUGCCCAUCUUUGCUUUUUAAAAACUCUGCCUUUUGUCUUAAGUCAAUAUUAGAAUAACCGUAUCAGCAUCAGUUCCUUUUUUUUCACCUGUUUACCGGCACUAAGCUGCCCCUGUACCUGCACUUGUGGAUAUGUGUUGCAUGUCUGAAAGGCACAAAUGGAUGUGCAUUACCAAAAUAAAUGUAAAUGAUGGAAUAUUUAAAAAAAAAAACACAGUUCAUCCAGUCUGCAAGGAAAUAGGUUUUUUUUCUUCUCUUCAUUUUUCAAACUCUCUACUUUUCUGAUGUGUUUUUUAUUUACUUUUUUAUCACUUCACAAGGAUUUUGUCUUUUUUUUGUUGAUGUAUUAGAGCGAGAGUGCUUUGUCUGUGCAUGAGGUCACCAAAACAAAUUCCAGUCCACCAUGUUGUCGUGGCAACGGAGUUCUGAACCGGGAAUCUUGGAGCGUAUCGAGCAGGCGAACACUGAGUCUUGACCAAGAACCAAUCAAACACACAUGGAGUGUGCUGGAAAGUCAGUUCAGUGGCAGGAAACGCACAUUGAAAAAGAUUAAAAAGAACCAACAGAAAUCAUUAAAAGGCCAUUUUAACAAGAAUUCAUUUUCAAAAUGAGCGUCAUAUAAACUUUUGAAAUUCUGGCUGGAAAUACUGAACCAAUAUUAUAUUAUUACUUUUUCCAUGUAAGCUCCCAAUCACAUUCUACUUAAUUUCUAUAAAAAAUAUAUACAUCUCAAAAUAUGUGAUCAUCACACCAGUGAAUCCCAGUUUUCCAAAGAGUGUAAGAUGAAAUGUGCACGGCGUCUCCCCGUCAUGAUGUGGGCCCCGGAUCAAAGCGCAGUGGCUGCAGCUGAGAGAGGUGGGAGGCAGGAAUAGAUGGAAUAGAUGGACUGGAGGGUUGGGGGUGGAGCAGGAGAAGGAUGGACACGGGGAACAGGGAGAGAAUUGAUGUGUGCAGGGGGGGUGGGCACAAGGGGGCUUUGAGAAACGAACAGCUGUUUGUGGGUUGGGUUUGUGUGCAGCGUGCCAACCACCUGCCUCCUUCAAACCAAUCACAUUUCACACUCCCAUGCUAUAUUUAUUUAUUUUUUCACGUCUUCACUGUCUUGUUUCUCUGCUUCACCUGACAUUAUGACGGAUGGCAUCAACUGAAAAUACCGAUGGCUAUCUUUGUCUUUCAAAGCAGUAAAAAAAAAAAAACAGCAACACUCAAAUGGAAAUACAUUACAUGCACACAAAAAACAGAACUCUUUAUAUAUUUUAUUCAAAUACUGUGUUUGUGAUAUUUCACAUGAUCCCUGUGUUACUGAACUGUUUCAUAUACUUGAAAUAAAAGU